GGUAGCUUGAGCGCGGCGGCGGCGUUGUUCAGUCAGAGCGAGAACAUUCCAGAGGUCGCCAGGCCCCGGGCGCUGAAGGGUGUGGACCCCGGACGUCGCUGGGACAGCCCCUCCCCGCUGCUCGGCGGCGCCUGCCCGGCCGCUGCUCGCUGCGCUCCUCCGCCGCCCCUCCUCGGACUCGGGUUCACAGGCGCCUCUCUUCAUCCCAGUUCCGGGCGAGCAGCGUUGGGUUUAUGUCUUUAUUUGACGAAAACGAGCUGUUGCGCAGCCAUUGGUACCUGUAUUGGGGAAACAUAGCAUACAAGCAAGGAGCUUACAGCCUCAGUGGCGAAAACUUUUUCAUGUCAGAGACCGAGAACUCUUGCAGUCGUUUAUGUCAUCCCUUCUUCUCCAGACAGAAGAUACCAAAAAGUUGCAAUCAAAGAUCUCUUCAUCUUAUUGAUAAAGCCACUAAUAAGCCAAAAUGUCUGUCAACGUCAACCGCAGCGUGUCAGACCAGUUCUAUCGCUACAAGAUGCCCCGUCUGAUUGCCAAGGUUGAGGGCAAAGGAAAUGGAAUCAAGACAGUUAUAGUCAACAUGGUUGACGUUGCAAAGGCGCUUAAUCGGCCUCCAACGUAUCCCACCAAAUAUUUUGGUUGUGAGCUGGGAGCACAGACCCAGUUUGAUGUUAAGAAUGACCGUUACAUUGUCAAUGGAUCUCAUGAGGCGAAUAAGCUGCAAGACAUGUUGGAUGGAUUCAUUAAAAAAUUUGUUCUUUGUCCUGAGUGUGAGAAUCCUGAAACAGAGCUGCAUGUCAAUCCAAAGAAGCAAACAAUAGGUAAUUCUUGUAAAGCCUGUGGUUAUCGAGGCAUGCUUGACACACAUCAUAAACUCUGCACAUUCAUUCUCAAAAACCCACCUGAGAAUAGUGACAGUGGUACAGGAAAGAAAGAAAAGGAAAAGAAAAAUAGGAAGGGCAAAGACAAGGAAAAUGGCUCCGUGUCUAGCAGUGAGACACCACCACCACCACCACCACCAAAUGAAAUCAGUCCUCCUCCACAUGCUGUGGAAGAAGAAGAGGAUGAUGAUUGGGGUGAAGAUACAACUGAGGAAGCUCAAAGGCGCAGAAUGGAUGAAAUCAGUGACCAUGCAAAAGUUCUGACACUCAGUGAUGAUUUGGAAAGGACUGUUGAAGAACGGGUCAAUAUCCUGUUUGAUUUUGUUAAGAAAAAGAAAGAAGAGGGAAUUAUUGAUUCAUCGGACAAAGAAAUUGUUGCUGAAGCAGAAAGACUGGAUGUAAAAGCUAUGGGUCCUCUUGUUUUGACUGAAGUUCUUUUUAAUGAGAAGAUUAGGGAACAGAUUAAAAAAUACAGGCGCCAUUUCCUACGAUUCUGUCACAACAACAAAAAAGCUCAACGGUACCUUCUUCAUGGUUUGGAGUGUGUGGUGGCAAUGCAUCAAGCUCAGCUCAUCUCCAAGAUUCCACACAUCUUGAAGGAGAUGUAUGAUGCAGACCUUUUGGAGGAAGAGGUCAUCAUCAGCUGGUCGGAAAAGGCCUCAAAGAAAUAUGUCACAAGAGAACUUGCCAAAGAGAUUCGUGUCAAAGCAGAACCAUUUAUAAAGUGGUUGAAGGAAGCAGAGGAGGAAUCUUCUGGUGGUGAUGAAGAUGAUGAAGAUGAGAAUAUUGAGGUGGUAUAUUCGAAGACUGCCAGUGUACCAAAAGUCGAAGCUGUGAAGUCGGACAACAAGGACGAUGACAUUGAUAUUGAUGCCAUUUAAAGGGGUGGGUGCAGCCCAGCUAAACUGUAAUGCUGAGAAUCUUUCUGCAUCAUCAGCCAGAAGUGCAGCAUGUAUGUGCAAAAGCUAAAAUGGCUUAACAUCAUGCUACACUUUCUGCUAAAAAAUGUAUUGCUGUGAGUGGUCUGUAAUUAAGCCCAAUGAGACACCUCGGGAGUCCAUACACAUAUCAGUGAACAGAUGUAGUUUGCUUAUUUAUAGCAUGUUUCUUUUUGAAAAAUUAGUGGUGGACACAUUUGGAUCACAUUUAUACAGUUACAAAAAUAAAAAUUUGAUUUUGGUCAUUCUUAAAUUUUUUGGCUCUGAAUGACUUAAGCUGAAACAAUAGGCUCCUUUUAAAACAUUGUACCAUCAUUUGACCUGAUAGGAUUCUUGGAGCCUGUUAGAAACUAUUAGGUGCUGAGACUAAUGAGGUCUUUAGCCGAAUAGAAGCAUAAACUUAUUUGUAAUUACCUUAUUCAGCCAUUAAAUACAGUACUUUUUAAGUCUUUUAGUCCCACAUAUUGGCAUCUGGUAAUGUACAUUCUUACCAUGCCAAGGUGGACAGUGCAACACCUUUAUCUUACUAAGAGUAAAAAUGACCUGAGUGUCCUAUAAAUAAUUUUAAGAGGUUUUGAAACUUGAAAUUUUUUUUUUUCUGUUUGCGAACACUUGCCCAAAUUGCAUUCUUUGAAGUCGUGUAUUACAAGUUGGAUGACCCAGGGGAAAAUUAUCACAUUAAUAAAUAAGUGUUUUAUGUGUAUGUAGCUGUUGCUUUGUACUGAGAUAAAAUUCAAGUUUUAGGGUAUGAUUAAAUAGUAAGUUCCAUGAUACUAUUUGUGGGGGAAGAAGGAAAAGGUGCACUUACUCUCUAGCAAAAAAAAAAACAACUAAUUUUUCAGCUUAUACUUUAAAUUAUAAUUUCAAAAUGGUUAGACAUAUUGUAUCUUCUGUUCAGUGUGGAAUAUCCCUGAUACUAUGGUUUGUUCUUUAAUAACUUAUAUUUGGACACACAGAUUUUGGUUGCUACCUUGCCAAGCUAGUGUUGCUAUGUCUCAAGCUUGAUUAUUUUUUUUUUUUU